GGGCGCUGUGGGGGAGCCAGGGUGGGCGGGGAAGCAACUCAGGAUGGGGGCGGAGUGUCUGGUCCAGAGGACUGCUGCUCCUUGGUUUCCUGGCUGCAGCAGGGAAAUCCCCAAGCCAGAGCAGGACUAGGGGGCGGCUGGGGUAGGGGCGGUCUUGGAGGAGAAGCCAGAGAGAAGUGACAGGGAAGAGACAGACACUGACGACAGGGAGCAGAAGAAAGGGAAGGAGAGACAGUGAGGGAGGCAGGAAGAGUGACUCACAGAGAGAAGGGAAGACGACAGACAGCACUGGGAAGGGAGGAGAGCAAAGAGAAAAACAUUUUUAUUUUUUUAAAGCAGGAAGACAGGAUGGAAAACCAAGAGGGAAAGGGAGAGAGGGAGUGAAACAAGCAGACGGGGAGAUUGAGAAGUGGGGGAAACAGGAAGCCAGUGAACAAGGGGUAGGGGGAGAAAGGGAUAGCCUGGAAGGGAGGAAGAGGCAAAACUGAGCAAGGCGCAGAGGAAGCUCGAGGGGAGAGGGGCAUCAAGUGACCCAGAGAAAGGGGUCUGGGGAGUCCAGGAGGGGCAGAGCCAGGGUCCCUAGUGCAGGCCAGGUGGGCCUCGGGAGAAGCAACACCUCAGUUCUGAUGGCGGGCCGGACGGUGAGGGCUGAGACCAGGAGCCGGGCCAAGGAUGACAUCAAGAAGGUGAUGGCAACCAUCGAAAAGGUCCGGAGAUGGGAGAAACGCUGGGUGACAGUGGGAGACACUUCCCUCCGUAUCUACAAGUGGGUGCCUGUGGUGGACCCACAUGAGGAGGAACGUCGACGGGUGGGAAGCGGGGCUGAAAGGCCCCGAGUCAGGGAGCGGAGGGGUCGGGGAGCCAGCCCAAGAGGGGGUGGUCCCCUCAUCUUACUUGACCUCAGUGAUGAGAACAGCAAUCAGAGCUUCCACUCAGAGGGUUCCCUGCAAAAGGGCGCAGAGCCCAGCCCAGGGGGAACUCCUCAGCCUAGCCGACCUGCCUCACCUGCUGCUCCACCAGAUGGGACUUCUGAAGAUGCUCAGCCCCCGAGGCUGGGUCAGGAAAGAGAUCCAGGGGGUGUGACCAUGGGUGGGACAGAUGAACCCCCAAUGCUGACCAAGGAAGAGCCUGUGCCUGAGUUAUUGGAGGCUGAGGUUCCUGAAACUUACCCAGUCUUUGAACCAGUGCCCCCUGUGCCUGAGGCAGCUGUGGGUGAAACUGAAGACUCAGAGGGGGCACCCCCUCUCAAGCGCAUCUGUCCAGAUGCCCCUGAAGGCAGUCCACUCCCCCCAGAUCCUUGAGCCUAAAAAGCUGAUCCAUAACCUGUUGUGUCCCUCCUGGCUUUUUACAAAUAAAGAACCUUUUAUAGCCAAGUAUCCUAUCACUUCAGCCAGAACACCAAGGUUCUGCCUGACAUCCUUCUGUUCUCUGUCCAGGAACCUGGGCUGUCCCAACAAUACAAGGAAAAGUGGACACUGGGCACCCAUAAAUACCUGUAUGUCUCCUAUUGGAGAAGGGAAAUGAGGAAGAGGGGAAUGAGAAAACAGACUGUGUCCUGGGUCCUAGGAAGUAUUAGGGUUCUUCUCUCUUCUGUCCUCCUCUUGUGCUCUCCCUUCUACCCUUUCUUUUCCAUUUUCUUUCCUUCCUGUCUUACAACUUAAAUCCUCCCCUGUGCAAGCUCCCCUUUUUAUCUUUAAAUUUUUUUUUAAAUUAUGAACUUAGUCACCAACACAAACAUUUCAACAUAUAAAGAAUGAGAUCAUAUGAGGAAAUUUGAAUUUGUUGUGUAGCUUAAAGAAAUACAUAUUACGUUUAACAAGG